UCAUCUCCAUCAUGAGUGACUGUAAACCGCGAGCCUUUAUCCUCAGACCAAUUGAUCUCUCAAGUGUAAGCAUGAGUCCCUAACUUGAGGAUAACUCAAGGGCCGGUGUGUCACCUGAUGUUCAAGUUAUGUUUGGCAGUCAGAAAUGUCAUCGUGUUGUGAACCAGGAUGCCACGAUGGUCUGGCGUCAAGACACAACUCAGCUCCCAGAACCCGUUGAAUGAGACCCGUCUUGCAUGCGAGCUCACCUUCGCCUCACCUCACCUCACCUCACCUCACCUCACCUCACCUCACCUCACCUCACCUCACCUCACCUCACCUCACCUCACCUCACCUCACCUCACCUCACCUUGGCCAACUCGGCCGGUUCCGGGGCAGGUGUCUCACAGCCCUCACCACCCCCCAUGUCGCUACAAGCAUGAUGUGUAUAAGGCGUCGCCCCAUCCGCUCACGAGACCUCAGCCCAAAGCCCCAAAGCCACUCGCUACCCAAUGUCCCCCCCAGGAAACCCGUAGGAAAAAGAAACUUUCUGCCCCUGUUGAAUCUGCGCCUCUCUCCUCAACGUUUCCCCACGUUUCGGCAUCCGAGCGCGUCCAGCCCGGCCCACAAUAGCUCCCGGCAGUUGAUCACCUGUUUGGCUCACUCGAACACUGCAAAAGGCGCCUCAUGAGGGCAAGACCUCUCAUAGGCCGAGUUGCGUGGCGGGAAAAGAAAAUGUCGAGCUGUAUUGGCUGGGCCUACGCCCGACUGUGUCUUAUGCAAUUUCCCCAGCAGAUGUCUCGGCCACUAAGCACACGAGACACAG